UUUCCGGGGGGAACAGUUUCGAAACAACACCUAAGAUGGCGGCCUCCGUGCCGGUAAACAGCAGCCCAUUUCAUGAAGGCUGGCGGGCCAAUCUAGUGAUUAAUCAGUAAGACACUCAAACAAUUAACCACCGAUUGGGUAGCGGUAGAUGGGAGUGCCUUUAAAAAGUGUUUGUGUCUGAGCUUCCAACACGCAGGACCGGAGCAGCGACCCGACCGACAGGACGAAGCCGAGAGAGAGGAAACCGUGGAUGACUGGCGGAGUUGGGAACGACUGAACCGCUGUGGAAGGACCCCCCCCCCUCGCAGACCGAAACCCGUGGACGGAGCCCCCAGCUGCCCUUUGGGCGAGAUAAGUGGAAUCGUGCUUGCUUGCUAUACCCCUAGCCGCUGCCAUACCUCUGCUUCACGCUUCGCUAGCAGCUAAAGCUACCUUCUGCUCCCUGCCCGUACGCUUGGCCUUAACCCUUUAGCUGCCUGAACUGUCUGCUGCAUUGUGCUGUACCCACCUCUGCUGCUCUUAACCCCUGCUCCCUGCCCGUACGCUUGGCCUUAACCCUUUAGCUGCCUGAACUGUCUGCUGCAUUGUGCUGUACCCACCUCUGCUGCUCUUAACCCCUGCUCCCUGCCCGUACGCUUGGCCUUAACCCUUUAGCCGCCGAACUGUUGCAAUUGUGCUGUGCUCGCCUCCCCUGCUAUCUCACCGCAUGCGCUACUACCCCCCCCCCCCCUGUGCCCUGCUUGUCUGCAUGCUGCUAGCUCUGUGCCCUGCUAGAACUGUGUUGUGCUUGCCUUUCUGACCUGCCCCUGCAUACCACACCGCUGCAACCCCCCGCCACUGCUUUUACCAAGGCUGCUAACCCAGGGCCCCAGUACUGCUGAAACUGUGUCUCGUUAUUCCUCUCUUGGCCCUGCUCUAGCUACUUGCUAACCGCCCCCUUUCCUCUGCUCUUUAGUGCCCCCCCCCCCCAUAGGAACAGCAAUAGCCCGGGCCCGUUGUGCCGAAGACCCUGCUGCCGAGGCUCUCUCCCUCUCGCUCCCGACGUGGGCCUGUCAUCACGUGUGAGUGUAGUUAAUUCGAGUGUUUCACCUGAUUGCCGUGUAGUGUUCUGUGUGACCCCCGUUUCUCUCAGGCCCGUUGGCGAGACUGCACGGCUGUAGGCCCAAACUAAACAACUCUAUCGCUGCUCCACCCCUUUCCCCCAAAGCCAAGGAUCUCGUAGACCCCCCUUUGACCUGAAACCCAGUGUCGUCCCCUCCUGCCCCUUCCGUCCAGCUCACCGCCUUGUCUGACUUAAUGUGUGCUGUGCCUCAUUCACUCUGCUUGGAUUGCUGAACUUCAUUAACUCAUCGUGUGCCACGAGUGUGCUUCUGACUAUUCCCCUCAGGCUUGGCUGCGGAGCUGGAGAUUCCGCACUCGGACAGGACUGGAGCGACCCGAUCCUUCUUCCUUCCCCCCUCUCUCUGGCUGCCUUGGACGCCCCUCUCCCCCCGGACUCUCACCCCCCAGCACAAUUCCUAUUUUAGUUAAUAAAACAUAACCUUUUUGACUUCAUUCUGUGGUCCUGUGUCUUAUUGGUGGUGUGUCUCAACUCCUCAAGGUUGCUAGGGGUAAAGUUUCAAGUAGGCAUACUUGCCUGGUGACAAGUGGCGUAGUCGGCAGGAUAGCGACCUUGAGUUGAGCAGACACCCCAUCAAUAUGACCGACCCAGCAGGGGCCGCACCACGGCCUUCAGUGAUGCCAGUCUUCAUGGGAGCACCGUGGGCACCAAGAUUUGGAGGCCCAGGUUCAGAGUUACAGCUCCAAGAGUGGGUGUCCCAGACCAAGUACCUUGCCGGUCUACAGGGGCUGAGCGACCAACAGCAGGUCCGGGAGCUGUUUAACAGACUGAAAAGACGUGAGGACUCCGGAUUGCCAGCGGACGACGACAAGCUGCUGCGAGACCAGUUUAUACUGGGACUGCGGGACGGACAACUCAAACAGACGCUCAAACUACAGUUGCGGGGCAAUGCUACCCUGAAAUUCGAGGAUAUCCAGAAGGAGGCGCUUGCGCUCGAGAUGGACCAGGUUGAGCCCGAUGCCCAUGCGACCGACUGCUUCGCUGCCAGUGCAACCCCACGUGACUCGACCCCGAUGGCCGACUGGAAGAAGGAGCUGCGGGAGGAGAUCAUGAAGGAUGUAAAGGAGCAAAUGAGUCAUCUCUCAAAGACCCUCCUGGACGAACUGCGCGGCCCACCAUCCAGAGGCCUUCAACCACCACGGGAGAGGUCCUAUUCCGAUGGAUCCUGGAGGGGGAGACAGUCAGCACCGCGCCCACCAAACUCUAGGUUCCAGUGGGAUGAACAAGGUCAGCCAAUCUGCAGUCGAUGUGGGAAAGCGGGACACAUGAGCCGGAACUGCCCCUCCCGUCGGGCUUCUCAAGAGGGUUUUUAGCUUCCCCGGCCACUGUGGGGCAAGUGGCCGGGACUAGCCUACAACAUCCCCCUCCACGCAAUCGCCAUGCAUUAGUAGGUCAAUGUCCCGUAGUCGAUAUCAAGGUAAAUGAAAAGCCUGUCCGAUGCCUUGUCGACACGGGCUCCCAGGUUACCCUGUUCGCAGAGAGUCUGUGUGAAGAACUGUUCGAUCACCAAGAAAUGCAGGGCGCUGAAGCUCCUUGGUUGACACUACGAGGGGCAAAUGGGUUGGAAAUACCAUGUGUGGGGUACGUGGUUGUGGACUUGAACAUAAGGGGGGUUUGUGUGCCGGCCAAGGGGGUGGUAGUGGUUAAGGAUAAAUGCCUGGGCAGCCACAGGGCGUUAUUAGGAAUGAAUGUUCUCACCGAUUGUUGGAAAGAUGUGUUGCAGGGAAUUGGAGCAGCUGUACCAGGUGCAAAGAAAACCUCAGUGGAUCGAGAGUGGGAGCCAGUGGUUGCCGACUGCCGCCGGGUACAUGCAGCAACAUCUCGCCCAGAACAGGUGGACACUGCACGCGCAGCAUGCCGCUACGCCAUCACCAUACCCGGCAGUAGCGAAGCACUGGUCUGGGCAAGGCUGCCAGCCCGGGCUUAUGGGCUGGAGGACUGCGUACUCAUCGAGCCCCACAAAGGCUCUCCCCAACUCGAAGUUGCCCGGGCUCUCGCCAAGGUACAGCGUGGGCGUGUCCCUGUGCGGGUGCGAAAUG